UUGAUGAAAAUUGCAUUUCUGUCUAAUUUGAAAGGGCACACAUGCAUAUGAAAAAGUAUAAUACCACAGUAAACAAUAAACAGUUAAAGAGUCAACAAUCAGUUACAGUAAUGAAUAAAUAAACAGUGGAAUAUACAAUAAAUACACUAUGUUUCAGUCUCUUGAAUGCCUCGCAACUAAUCUGCCAUGCAACACACUUUGAUUCAUUCAUCAGCAUGGCAACAAUUCCAAUAAUGAACUAUCUUGAGCAACAGGAAGAACAAGGAGUCCUGCAACAGAUGGUGAAGCCCCCACAAAGUCCUGAUCUCAACAUCAUGGAGUCAGACUGGGAUUACAAGAAGAGACGGAAGACACUGAUGCAUCAUAAAUCCACAGAGGAACUGUGGCAAAUGUUCAGAGAUGUUUGUAACAACAAGCAAAAAGGAAAAACACCCUGGUUACAUUUAAAUGAUCCAUUUGGCGUGACCUCUUCUCUCAUUACUGCACUCUGCAUUAAGUCAACUGAUCGGUAAAAACUCUUUACUGCGUCUUGGCUUUAGUUUUAUAGCCGAAAACGUUUGCAGCCCACAUCAUCCAUAAUCCAGAGACUCACGAACGCACAUAUUCACAAAUACACACAGAGACUGAAAUAGCUGCAGCUACACAUGCACAGACAUGUAGACUAACUCUCCUGUUGCUUUCUAUGACCUCCGCUUUAGGAAUUCACACUUAGGCAGCCAUGCAAGUGACCUACUGCAUCUAAUGCAAUAAAGGAAAGUUGCGUAUUUGAAUAAAAAUGUCUCUAUAUUUAAACAAUAAAGUCAUGCAGCACACUGACUCAGAGCGAAGGCCUGUUUGUUUCGGCCUAUUUGUGUGUAUGAACUGAAUCCACAGAGUUGCUAAAAACACUGGGCACCUGUUCCCCGGAUCCCACCGGGGGAAAUUCCACUCCGCUGUGUGUGCAUGAGUGUGUGUGUCUGUGACAAGAAUGUUGACACUCGACUUUCCUGUCUCACGUGGACGCAGCGCAACAUCACUUCCUUUACGACCCCCCCUAUUUAAAGGCCGGUGUGGAGCCAGAGAGGCUUCAGGAGGAUUAAAGCCAAAGUCCUCGCACUCUUCACACCAGUGGCUUCACCCACUGACCGACUGAUGGUCUGGAAAGCUCCGGAUGUUUCCGUGAAGAUCCACCGCGGCUAUAAAGGUUGAGGUGCGCCUGUGAUAAUUUGGAGAGUUUCACUUUGCAAGCGUGGAAGCUGGAACCGAAAGAAGUUGAAUAUUCAUUCAGACAGAAGCAGAUCACGUCAGCUUUUCCAACAGAAGACGAGAACCGUUUUGAGAGAUUUAAAGAGUCGUAAAGCCUUUCACAUUGAGCUAACUUCUCAUUUUUUGGAAACACUUUGGCUUUCUUGCAGACAGACCCACACUGAUUGGGGAAAAGUUCAACACAGAAACAAUCUUUGUGAAAAACAUUAUCCGGAAUCAUCACCAUGAGCAGCGGUGGGACCUCCACUGUUUCACCACAGGAGCCACAGGCUUUCAAGCGGGCGGUACGGAAGAUAAAAUGUGCCGCCAUGGUGGCCAGUUUGGCUAAGAGUUGGCAGGGUUGGGCUAACGAGCACUCCGACAAGCAAGACUGCAUCCCCAGCGGAUGGAUGCCUUCAUCUGUGGAGGAGGAAGACAAAAGAGAGCGCAACCAUGUAGUCAAACUCACUGUCACCCCACGAGUGAUCGCAACAGACCCCAACGAGUCCAGUGGGAAUAAGAUCCGGACCUGCUCCGUGACCAAGACCAUCCAGCCCAAACGCAGCGAGGUCAGCAGCAGCGAUUUGGUGAGCGCCAUCCGAGGCAAGAUGGAGUCAGGUCCUGAGGAGAGCAAACCGUUCCUGGGCAACGAGUCGCCGACAAGACGCCGCCAGAUGAGGGCGCUACAGAAUGCAGGAGGAGGAGUGAUCCAGGAGAGGAAGCACAUGCUCCAGGAGAAGAAGCUGGGAUCAAGGAGCAGCAGUGUGGACACGGAGGACAGCGGGCUGGGAGAGGAUGGUGGGCUCAGUGACAACAGUGAAUCGAAAACCGAACAGAACGAUGUCCAGCACAAAAAACAGACCAACAAGCCCAAGAUUAAGAUCGCCACUAUGGGCGACAUCAAAAGCCGCUGGCAGCAGUGGUCCGAGCAGCAUGUAGAGGGUCAGAAGCUCAACCCCUUCAGCGAGGAGUUCGACUACGACUUUGCCAUGGCUCAGCGCCUCCGUAAGGGUGACUCCGGCUAUGGUCGACCCAAAGACGGAUCCAAGACGGCGGAGAGGGGCGACCGGGCCCAGAAGCACAUCCACAGGGAGAUGGAGGAGAUGGUGUGGAUUAUCAGAGACAUGGGCUUCAAGGAUAAAGAGGGGAGGACCAUCAUUAGCUUCGGCCGCCUCUUCGACCGCUACGUGAAGAUCUCGGACAAAGUGGUGGGAAUUCUGCUGCGCUGCCGCAAACACAAGAUGCUGGACUUUGAGGGGGAGAUGCUGUGGAAAGGACAGGAUGAUAAUGUUAUCAUCACACUGAGAGACUGAGGACUGAUGUAAUGUCUCAAGAACAUUCACACGUCUGCAAACGAAACUACAUAUCUGACACAUUGGUUCUUCUAGACCAGGGGUCGGCAACCCGCGGCUCCGGAGCCGCAUGUGGCUCUUUCAGCCCUCUGUUGUGGCUGCCUGUAACUUUGGAAAAUAAAUUGUUCUGCCUUUCAGGCGCGUUUCAAUGCAUAGAGAGUUUUAUUGUGAAAUUACUGCUCUUAUUUUGACGUGUCACUCCACCGGAUAUGCUGCGGUUUUCCCCUGGGACAUGAGAGCGCAAAGUUGACGCAGAGAAGAUGGAGAAGCGACGCCUGUAGUUUCACAUCGUUUGUACUCAAGAAUGGCAAGCCUGUAUAUUAAAGCUCCACUUCACGUCUUGUCUUUCAGUCAAAAGUACUCGUGAGUACUAAGGUAAACUACGGAUAAUUGUUUUGCUCCGUAUCUACUCUUUGAUAGGGUAAUACACCUUACUCGCAAGAACACGUCCAGCAUCCAGGCAGCAGGUCAGAGAGUCAGAGGAGUGUCGUCUUGGAAAAUAGGGCAGCGACUUACCGGAGAAAAGUUAUUAGCUUAAGAUAAAUAGAUUUUACAAGUUAAAUAGACAUUCGCAAAAUAUUGAUUUCCAAGUAAGAUAAAUAUUAGUGGUAGGACACAAUUAAAAAAAUUAAUCUAUCUAAUUAGAGGCUUUGUAAUUAAUUAAUCACGACUGAUUAACAAGGGCAUAGAGGUAAAAAGCGAUAUAUGCAGUGUUGUCUUCAUUUUAAAUGCCAAAAGGAUUUUGCGGCUCCCGGUGUUUUCUUUUCUGUGGGAAACAGGUCGAAAUGGCUCUUUGAGUGUUAAAGGUUGCCGACCCCUGUUCGAAAGAGACAAACCAAUGCUACAUCAAACACAAGAAAAAUGAAGGAAUGGCUGCAAGCAAUUAAACAGUGUCAUUAAAGUUCACAGAUAAAACACUGUAUACACUGUA